GUGGCCAAAGUGGUAAUCCUAAGCAUAAGUGGUUAACUCGAGUUGUGUUGAUAUCUUUGCAAUAAUCGGUUGAAUUGAUCGCACAAUGGCUUCGAGUUCAGUGUCUUCGCGCUCUGAGUUCAUUGUGGGCGCGAAGUAUCGAUUGGUCCGAAAGAUCGGUUCCGGAAGUUUUGGUGACAUUUAUUUAGGCAUUAAUAUCACAAACGGCGAAGAAGUUGGCGUCAAAUUGGAGUCAACCAAAGCACGUCAUCCGCAGCUUCUCUAUGAGUCGAAGCUCUAUAAGCUAUUACAGGGAGGCGUCGGUAUCCCUCACAUCCGAUGGUAUGGUCAGGAAAGGGAGUACAACGUUCUGGUGAUGGACUUAUUGGGUCCAAGUCUUGAGGAUCUGUUCAACUUCUGCAGCCGUCGCUUCACAAUGAAGACAGUGCUUAUGCUCGCGGAUCAGAUGAUCGGACGCAUUGAGUUCGUCCACAACAAGAACUUCAUUCAUAGAGACAUAAAACCCGAUAAUUUUCUGAUGGGAAUCGGAAGGCAUUGCAAUAAACUAUUCCUCAUUGACUUCGGGUUGGCUAAGAAGUACAGAGACAACAGAACUCGACAACACAUCCCCUAUAGGGAGGACAAGAACCUGACCGGAACCGCACGCUAUGCUUCAAUCAAUGCACAUUUGGGUAUCGAGCAGUCGCGUCGGGACGACAUCGAGUCGUUGGGCUAUGUGUUGAUGUACUUCAAUAGGGGGUCACUUCCCUGGCAGGGACUCAAAGCCGCCACAAAGAAACAGAAGUACGAGAAGAUAUCGGAGAAGAAGAUGUCCACUCCUAUCGAAGUGUUAUGUAAGGGAUAUCCCGCAGAGUUCUCUAUGUAUCUCAACUAUUGUCGAGGUCUGCGGUUCGAAGAGGCGCCCGAUUAUAUGUAUUUAAGACAAUUGUUUCGCAUACUAUUCCGCACUUUGAACCAUCAGUACGACUACAUCUUCGACUGGACAAUGUUGAAGCAGAAGGCGGCCCAAUCAGCCGCACAGUCCGGUGGCUCCUCUUCGCAGAAUGUCAACCAAACCGGUGGACCCGCUGGCGCUCGUUAGCCACACUCCCCUCUCCCGAUUCAUACCAACAUUAGGCUAACUUUUCUUUCUUUUUCAAAACUUAUAAUACUUAUUAAUUGUUCACUAAUUCAGUGCUGUAUUCACUUAUAUUAUAAUUAAUUAAUUGUCGAUAAAUACUAUCUUUUUUUCACAAUUGGUUGUCUUUAUAUGAAAAGGCUAUCAAUUUAUUACAUAUUAGCCAUUGUUUGAACCAUAAGUCCAAUCAAAUAAUGAGUUAUUUAAUAAAUUCAGUAAAUUUAUUGAAAGCUUUGUUCAAAUAGUUGUUAAAAGUCACUCAUUUAUAAUCGACAUAUGAAUUAUACUUUAUUAUUAUUAUUAUAUAAUUAAUAUUUUUUCAAUUAAUUAAUUUUAACUCACAUUAGAUUAACAAC